GGCGCGGCCCUUCCAAACAUGGCAGCCGGCAGUGCGUGUGGCCGUGCCAAGGCGGGCAUUGCUGCGCUCCCGCCAUUCCUCUCCCUUCUUUCUGUGUGUCUCGGCCUCGGAAGCGGCUCGGCGGGGCUGUUACCGUCGGUCUGUCCGCCCCGGUUCUCGGCACGACCUCCCCAACACGGCCGCCCGCUGUAGCCGCUCCCCAAGAUGGCUGCGCGGCGCAGGCGGCCCGUGCCCGAGGCGGUGAUGGCGGCCGAGCGGCCGCGCAGCCUGUUCGCGCUGAGCGCGGCCGCCGUGAGCCGCAGCAUGGCCGCCCUGGAGCGGGACGUUUGGGCGCUGCCCGGGCACCUCCUGCGGGCGCUCCUGCCGCUCCUCACCAUCUUCCACCUCGAGCGGGCCGAGGACGCCGCGCGGAGAGCAGGCCUCUCGACACAGCCCAUCUGGCGCAAGCUGUGGGAAGAUGUGAUGAAAACCAGGCCGCCCAACUCGGAGAGCAUAACAUGCUGGAGGAAGAAGUUCCUUGAAACAUUCUUCUCCAAUGUCCUCCAUGGUGUCCUGGACGUUUCCUCUGACUGGCGCCUCCACGACCGUCACUUCUCGCCGCUGCUGCACAGCUCCCCGCACGUUUCCCAGCUCACCCUCUGCAACAUGCUCCAGGGGGCCGUGGAACUCACUGCCCAGCACAACCACGAGGUGCUGGAAAACCUGGCUGCCUCCCUGCGGGUCUUGAAGUUCCAGCACCUCCUCUUCUGUGACCAGUCCGUCAGCCGCUCGCUGGUUUUGCUCCUCCACCGGCUGAUCCACCACGGCUCUGUCAGCCAGGUGUCCAUGUGCUCCUGGCCUGUUCCUGACACGGUUCUUCUCGUCCUCAUCCUCACCAUGAGCGCUGGGUUUUGGCGCUCGGGAAAUGCCCUCACCUGUCACGGCAGCCCGUGUGGCCUUUGCAGAGAGGAGGACAAAGCCCAAGGCCAGCAGUCAGCACAGGAGGGAGCAGAGAGGGGCUGUGAUGCUGAGCAGGAGGGGAGCGGUGCUGAGAACCAGAAGAGAUCCCCAGAAGAGGCUGAUGCUUGCAUGACCUCUGUCCUCUCUGGCCCCAGAAGUCCUCCCCUGCGAAACCCAGCAUGUGAAGAGACAAGCAGUGAGGUGCCUUGUGGCCACACUAACAUUCAGGGGGGCUCUUCCCCUUGUUCCAGCUCACAGCAGCUGUCCUGUCACCCCGUUCCUCGAAAGACACGCAGAUGGCAGAAACCUGCAGCGGGGAGGAAACGUCGCUGCCUCAGGCGAAGCAGGGGACACUAUGCUGACCCAGAAGAUCUCUAUGAUUUUGUUUUUACUGUUGCUAGAGAGGAUAAUUCAGGGUUACUGGACAAAACCAGGACCACAGAGGGAGAGAACACUGAGAACUGGACUAGUUCUUCCCCAGGAUCUCCAUGCACUGGCCAUGUUGGCUGUAAGAAAAGAGGAGGACCUGCUGCAACCCUUUCUCUGAAAGCUGCUCACCGCUUCCGAAGUGUCUCCACACUGGAAUUGUUCUCCAUUCCUUUGACUGGGGAGACAUGUCGGACUCUGAGUAACCUGCUGAGCUCCUGGGUGUCUCUAGAAAACCUGGUUCUGUCCUACAAUGGCCUGAAUGCCAACAUCUCCUGCAUCCUGUCGGGGCUCCGGGCCCUGUCACGGCACCCCGAGUGCCGGUUCCGCGUGCUCCGCGUGAGCGACAUGUUCUCGCACAUGCCCUGCGUGGAGCUCGUGCGCUGCGCCCUGAGCGCCCUGCCCCAGCUCCGCACGCUCUCCGUCAGCUUCGACCUCAAAAACCAGCUGGAGGCCACCACGCCAGAGGCGAGCCCGAGCUGCAGUGAGGCAGAAAUCCCAGAAAGCUGCCUGGAAGUGCUGGAGAUCCGAUUCCCCAGAGAACCUCUGCACGCUGCGCUCCUGCUGCCGGUGCUCAAGGCGUCCAAGUCCCUCCAGCAGCUGUCCCUUGACAGUGCCACCCUGCCCUGCCCCCAGGAGCUGGGGCUCCUUUUGGAGGUGCUCAAAGAGUGUACUCCAAAUUUGAAGAAACUGAGCUUUCAUGAUGUAAACCUGGCUGAGCACCAGAAAGAAGUUCUGCUUCUGCUUCAGGAUCCUGGCCUACAAGAAAUCACCUUUUCCUUCUGCCGGCUGUUUGAAAGCUCUACUGCUGAGUUUUUGUCAGAAAUAAUCAAUACAGUGAAAAGAAAUUCAUCACUCAAGAGCCUCAAACUGCCUGGGAACCGCCUUGGGAAUCACAGGCUGGUUGCCCUUGCAGACAUUUUCUCUGAAGAUUCCUCCUCUUCUCUCUGCCAGCUGGAUGUCAGCUCAAACUGCAUCAAACCUGAUGGGCUCCUGGAGUUCACCAAGAAGCUGGAAGGCCACAUCCAGCAGAGAGGGGGACAGCUUCCAUUCACACAGCUGCGCCUGUUCCAGAACUGGCUGGACCAGGAUGCAGAGACAGCGCAGGAGGCGCUGCGGCGGCUCAGGGCCCUGUGCAGCGUGGUCAACGACGCCUGGGACUCCUCCCAGGCCUUUGCUGACUACAUCAGUGUCAUGUAGGGACACAGGAGCAGGGGAAACCCAUCACCACCUCAUUUCACAGCACAGCUGGGGGUUCUUCCCCCUUUCAAGCAGUACAGAGUUGUUCCUUUCACUCUGCUGUUCAUUUGAAGAAGGGGUGUGACACUGCCAUGACACAGCAGAGCACGUGGGCCAAUUGCUGUAUUUCCAGGUGAUCCAACUCUGCCAUCUUUUCAAGUAUCAUAAAUGGGACAUACAUCAAAUCAGCCUCUGAACAAACAGCUGUUUACAUCACUGGGUGUUGUGACAAAUUUCAUGUUGUUUCAGCUGAUGUCUCACCGAUAACCAUGUCCAGCGUGGGAGAGACUCAGAAGCAAUCAGGCUGUGGUCCUUGACAACCAGGUCUAGGUGCUCUUGUUUUUGAGAAGUAUUGGACAAUAUCACCUGACAUCCCUUCCAGCUUCUUCAUUCUGUGGUCUGUGAAAUAGGAACUCCUCCCUCCACUAAAGGGAGGAGAAAACAAGCUAACAAAGCCCCCAGGCUUGACCUUUUUCCACUUGAAAAUUUGUACUUUACAGCAAAAAAUUCUUUAUGUACCAAAUAGCUUGCUGUUUAUUUGCAAUCACACUGCCCUUUUCCAGUGUCAGCAGUCAUUUUACAGAGGUUUUGAAUAUUUGAAUAGUUUGUUAUUUUGUAACAUUUUCGUAAUAAAAUUAAGAAUCAUAAUGUA